AUGGACCCGCAACCGACACAAAGCGUCAGAGAAAGUCCUAAAGUAGAAGUUGAAUAUUGUGGAGUUUGUGAUUAUGGUGGUCAUUGCUUAACUUUGGCGAAAAUGAUAAAUGAAAAAAACCCCACCGCUACUAUUAUCUGUAAGCGUGGACGGCAGGGAUCAUUUGAGGUACUGAUCAAUGAAAAACUUGUUUACUCCAAGCUUCAGACUAUGGCCCUGCCAGAUUAUGAAGAAGUUGUGAAUGUUGUAAGUGAAGUCUCUGAAGGUAUGGAGCCAAAAAUUAUAAAAGGACAACAACCAAUUAACUGUAUAAUUCAAUAA